CUUUGCUGCAUAGCCCUAGCUACUCUGCUAAUAAUAGGCAAUGGAGUCAUUUGCCAUGACUGCCUAUAUUCCUCCGAUUUUGACGUAUAAGCUGCCACCAAUGCAGCUAGCUACAUUGCAGCAUACCAGUGCACUUGAAAUGACACAUUUGACAGCUAUGAACCAGCUUCACUUUCGACAGCCAAUCCAUAGACGUUUCAUUCAAAAAGUUCUCCGUCUAGAACCAUUCAUCCAGAUCAAAGUCGAGCUUCCUACCCUCUUCAUCAUCCCCCGCAAUCUCCUCUGCUACCUUGACAGGAGCCAACUCCCUCUCAAACCCCAUCAUAUACGCAACCACCGUAACCCCCAUCGUCUUCUUAAACACCCGACAAAGAUAACUUGGCGAAACCCCAACCUCUCUCGCCAACCCUUUCAAACCCCGCUUCAUCGUCAUGCCAUCACUCCAUCCUUCUUCUUCCACUCGUAAACGAGCAAUGGCUCUAGCAACGACCUAGUCCCUCUCUCCAACAAGGCUCGCGCCAUCCGAUUUACAUCUUUGGCAUGGCCGGAAUCCAUCGCAACGCGCUUCGUCUGCCGUGUCGUAGAGAAGACGACGUUGGCCCUUCAUGCAAGCUGUGGAUUUGACGCCAUCGAGGAAGGAGGAGUGGGAUGAGGGGUUGCGGUGUGAGAGAGUUUGCCAGCGGGAUUGAGAGAUUGGAGGUUGUGUUUACAUGGUGAGCGAGGUGCUUUGUAGACAGGAAUGAGCGAUGUGACGUUGAAUAGUUACGAAAUCUGAUUAUCCAGGUGACUAAGCACAGAGCGUCGCAUCCAGUAUUGCAGAAUGGAGUAUCUAAUGGAUUAAUCUGUA